AUGCACAGAGGCGGGAGCCAGCGGAGGAGGAGCCGAGAGAUCCGCGUGGUGGUGGCGGCGCUUCUGCUGUUUUUCGCAACGGUGGUUCCUCAGGGAAAGCUACCUGUUGCGUCGGCUCAGGAGAUCCGCGGGGAUUCAGGUAAGGGAUCAGGUGCUGAUUGCAAAGCUGGCUAUUUUCUUGACUCACCUUUAAAGUCCCGAUCCCCACGCACGUUUUCCUAGGGAGCAGCAACAGGUCUCCUCUAGAGCUCAGCUUGGGACGUUUAAAAAACGUUCUGAGCAAGCUGCGAUCCUGCUGCUACCCCACCACACCUUGAAAUCGGCAGAAAAGCAAAGGAUCAGGGCGCUUUGGGGCUGCAGGGUUCAGCUGAGCUUGGAGUUUCGGGGUAGGAUUUUUGCAUGCAUCUCAUCUAUGCUAUUAUGCAACAGGUCUCCAAUAAUAAUAAUAAUAAUAAUAAUAAUAAUAAAAAAUAAUUUUAUUUAUAUCCCGCCCUCCCCAGCCGAAGCCGGGCUCAGGGCGGCUAACAACAAUAUAACAGUGCAAAAGUACAGCAAAAGUACAGAAAUAUUGUAAAAUUAAUGAAUGUUAGAAUGAUGACGGAUUGAAGUCAAGCGGCUUCUAGCGGUAACGGUAUAAAAGAAUAUGGAAAAAUUGGUUUUUAAUAUGUAAAAAUUUAAUGUUAUAAUAUAUCAAGAUUAAAGAUCAGGUUUAAAAAGGAGGGAAAGGAAUCGCUGGACUAACAAAUUGAAUUGGAAUACAAAAGAGGGAGGUAUGAGGAGGUCCGGGAAACAAGUAAAUGUAAAAGAAGUGAUGAAAAGAUGGAAUUGUUUUUAACUGUUUUUUCUUUUUUGUAUUUUGUAUUUUUCUUUUUUAUUGUUAAUUUUCUUAAUCUUUUUCUUUUGAAAUUUUAAUAAAUAUCAUUUAAAAAAAACAAACAAAAGUACAGCACAAACAACACUCUAAAAUCAUUCAUUAUAAAAUUAAUUAAUUCAAGCCACUGGCAACCAUUGGGCCAGAGUUCUAGAGCUCAGCUUGGGACUUGGAAAAAGUUCUGAGCAAGCUGCGAUCCUGCUGCUACCCCCAACACCUAGCGGAGGAAAGCCUUUGAAAUUGGCAGAAAAGCAAAGGAUCAGGGCGCUUUGGGGCUGCAGGGUUCAGCUGAGCUUGGAGUUGCCUUGCGAGGCAGGAUUUUUGCAUGCAUCAUGAUCUAUGCUAUUAUCGCAGCUAAGGGAAAGAAAAUGCAUUGAGGCGAUCUGCCAGGACUAACAACGAUUUGCAGGAAGUGAGGCGGCGUUCCUAAUUUGGAGGCUCCCAAAUAAAAUUGCUGGUUCAAAAGCAAUGGGGUUUGGGAGGCAGAGCGGUUGCAAAAGGAAACUUUUCUCCGCGCUGUGCUGGAUGCAGAAAGCAGCCGCUGCUAGCAGAGAAACAGCAAGAACAUUUAAGACUUUUAAAGUGCAUUAAUAAUAUUGGGAAGUGUAGUUUGCCCCUCACAAACAGCUACAAUUCCCAGCGCUCUUUUAAACAAACUAGUUCCCAGGAUUUCGGGGGGGGGGGUGAAGCAAUGUGCUUUAAUUUUUUGGUGAGCAGCGUCUCUUUCCAGCUGUACUGAAUUCUUCAGCCUUCCCUUGUAAGCUUGACUCAUCCUAAACGAGCACUUUUUAAAUAGCCCGUUUCAUCCUCACUGUUGAUUCUGUCCAUAUUUAAAGCUCUUCAGGUCAUCAAAUAUGAGGCCGGCUUGCUGCCAAAUACUGAUUACUAUGUAUUACUGAUUCUUCUUAAGAAGCUCUGUGCUGCACAUCCAAGCUUGUUGGAUCUACUCUGAAGUAAAUAAAACAGCAGCCCAACAGCAGCCAGCCAGAGCCAGUUGCAAAAAGACACACACAGCCCAGCUGCAGUAUCAGUUAAAGGAGCAUUGUACAACUUAAAUUAAGUUACAGCUUCACCACAAAGUCUCCUGAGAACUGUAAAGUUGUUAGGAAACCUGUAUUGCCCACACUGAACUGCAAUUCCCAGUUACCUGUGAUUGUCAAACUAUUGGUGUAUAGAUUUUGAUUAGAUAUAUAAAUAUAAAUACAUACAAAAUGCAGUAAAAGUGAUGUGACCAAUUCAAAUGCAGGCAGAAAUAGAAAAAAUAAAAUAAAACGCUGCCUUGUAUUCUCAGUUGUUUUCACGUUUUCUUCCCCAUUGUAUCUUUGUCAAACAUCUCCUGGGAAUUUUAGCUCUGUGAUGGAGGAUAAAAAGGUAAAGGGACUCCUGACCAUUAGGUCCAGUCGCGGACGACUCUGGGGUUGCGGCGCUCAUCUCGCUUUACUGGCUGAGGGAGCCGGCGUACAGCUUCUGGGUCAUGUGGCCAGCAUGACUAAGCUGCUUCUGGCGAACCAGAGCAGCACACGGAAAUGCCAUUUACCUUCCCACCAGAGCGGUACCUAUUUAUCUACUUGCAGUUUGACGUGCUUUUGAACUGCUAGGUUGGCAGGAGCAGGGACCGAGCAACGGGAGCUCACCCUGUUGCAGGGAUUCGAACCGCCAACCUUCUGAUCGGCAAGCCCUAGGCUCUGUGGUUUAACCCACAGCGCCACCCGCGUCCCCUGAUGGGGGAUAGGAGUCUUCUAACUCUCAGCACCCUUUAAGUACAGUUCCUGGGAUCUUUGGGGAAAACCAUGGCUAUUUAAAGUGAUACACCAUGGUUCUAAAUGAAUGAUGCAGAUGAGGCCACAGUUAGAAUUGUACAAGAGUGUAACCUCUGAGCGUGUUCUGAGCCUGAGGAACAGUUUUCUGUUCUGAGCUGAGCUCACUGCCCUUUCAGACCACACCUAGUUAGCUUUCUUUAUUUCAGCCUGCUUUGAGUGGGAAAAGCUAUUUGGAUUACUGAACAUGUGAAACAAGCCCUUUAAGGAAGGGGAGGUGAAUAUAUGUUUGGUGCUGUGAGCUCUGCCAUGGGCUAUUCACCCAUGCAAGUUAUCGUUUGAGGUUGCAUUCAUCAAAUGAUAGGCAUUCGGGGUGAACUAUCCGUGCGCUGCUCUGGUUCACCAAAAGUGGCUUAGUCAUGCUGGCCACAUGACCCGGAAGCUGUACGCCGGCUCCCUCGGCCAAUAAAGUGAGAUGAGCGCCGCAACCCCAGAGUUGGCCACGACUGGACCUAAUGGUCAGGGGUCCCUUUACCUUUACCUGGGGACAAACCCCAGGAGCAAGACUAUGAGUGUUCAAGCAAAACCUCACAGUACAGAAUCUGAGCAGAAGGGGCAUCCCCAGAAGGCUACCUGUUGUUGUUUUAAAAAAAGCAUUGGCUUAUGUGUCUAAAACCAAAUACCAAGCUUGCACUGUUUCUUGGUUUUUAGUAGCUUUUGUAAGAAACUGAAAUGACUGCCUUGCUUUCUUAGCAGCUGGUUUUCAGCAGCAAGACAGCAAAAGUGUGCCAUGUGUCAAAUUAAAACCCCAUAACCAUUGUUUUCAGAAAAUAAAACGCAGUGUAUUGUCUCCCCGUCAUCGGAAUUCCCAGAAGGAUUCUUUACGCAGCAGGAGCGAGAAGAUGGAGGCAUCAUUAUCUAUUUCUUAAUCAUUCUUUAUAUGUUCCUGGCUGUGUCCAUUGUGUGCGAUUAUUACUUCCUCCCUUCUCUAGAGAUCAUCAGCGACGGUAAGUUUUUUCCCCUUUUCUUGUGGUGUUGUCAUCUUAAAAAGGACAUAUAUAUUUUCUACAAAAAUAAAAGGCACUAAAUCAAACUGGAGGUUACCGUCUCUCUUGUAGGUAAGAAGUGAGCUGGAAAAUUGCUAGGCUUUUUUCCCUACCAUUUUGUUUUUUUAAAGGAGUCAGAGCCUGGGUGGACAAAAGGCUUAUGGAAAAAGAAAAGAGGUGGGGAAGGGUUCAGCACUCUAUAUCCUAUUAGUAUAGGAAUUUAGGAAUAUAGAACGCUACUCAGCAAGUCAAGCUAUUUGUCUGUCUAGUGCAAUAUUACCAGCUCUGACUGGCAACACCUCUCUGGGUUCAUAGGUGGAGAUCCUUUGCAGCAGCUGAUGCUUUUCAUGCAGAAGGUCCCAGGUUCAAUCCCCGAUACCUGCAGUGAAAAAGUGUGUUCUUUAUCACUGAGCUAAGGUCCCUUCUCGACAGAUUGUGAAUUCCCCACCCCAAGUGGGGAUCGAACCCAGCUCACACACAGAAGACAGAGCUACCAUUAAGAACAUAGGGAAAGCCUGCUGGAUCAGGCCAAAGGCAAAUCUAGUCCAGCAGGUAGGGCCUUCUCGGUAGUGGCACCCGCCCUGUGGAACGCCCUCCCAUCAGAUGUCAAGGAAAUAAACAACGAUCUGACUUUUAGAAGACAUCUGAAGGCAGCCCUGUUUAGGGAAGUUUUUAAUGUUUGAUGAUUUAUUCUGUUUUUAAUAUGUUGGGAGCCGCCCAGAGUGGCUGGGGAAACCCAGCCAGAUGGGUGGGGUUAAUAACAACAACAACAACAACAAUGAUAAUAGUAAUUUUAUUACUACUACUGUGGCCAAUCAUUAUACUAAGAGGCCUGUCUGUAAUGCCUGUUCAAAAUGCAUUCCGCCUUCAAUAUUUCAGCAUAGCCUAUGUUCUGCAACAUGAAUCUGCUACUGUAAUGUUCUGAAUUAUGCACAGCCCCCAUUCAUGGAUAUAUUUCUUGUUUCUUUCUUCUCUGUCCCUUGUCUCUGUAGCCCUUGGCCUCUCUCAGGAUGUUGCAGGAGCAACUUUCAUGGCAGCGGGUAGCUCUGCACCUGAAUUGGUCACCGCCUUUCUUGGUAAAGUGAAGCCAGCUUUAAACAGCACACAAUUCCCUCCCUUGUGGAAGCACAAAUUAAUUCUGUCAAAAUGAUGCUUUGCUUCUAGGGGUGUUUGUCACAAAGGGGGACAUUGGAGUCAGCACUAUUCUUGGUUCUGCAAUCUACAACCUCCUUGGUAUCUGUGCAGCUUGCGGACUGUUAUCUGGCAUGGUAUGUCCUAGCUUUUACGACACUCUGAAGCUGUUUCCUCAUGGUCCAAUGCCAAAGCUGGCUUAAUUUGAGGUUACUUAAACUUAACAGGCUUGCAAAGCAGCAUGUAAUCAAUUGGAAGAGAGUAAAAACCUUUGCGACCCCACUUACUAUUAUUCAGCAACUUUCAGCUGCUGAAUGUUUAAUAUAUAGGUCCAAAUGAGAAAGUUGUGCACUAAAUGGGGAUUAGGUCCAGUCGUGACCGACUCUGGGGUUGCAGCGUUCAUCUUGCUUUGUUGGCUGAGGGAGCCGGCGUACAGCUUCCGGGUCAUGUGGCCAGCAUGACUAAGCCGCUUCUGGCGAACCAGAGCAGCACACGGAAACGCCGUUUACCUUCCUGCCGGAGCGGUACCUAUUUAUCUACUUGCACUUUGACGUGCUUUCGAACUGCUACGUUGGCAGGAGCAGGGACCGAGCAACGGGAGUUCACCCCGUCACGGGGAUUCGAACCGCCAACCUUCUGAUCGGCCAGUCCUUGGCUCUGUGGUUUAACCCACAGCACCACCCGCGUCCCAUGAAAUAGGGAUAAGAUGGAACAAAUAAAGAUGUUUGGAUCUCACUGAUUUACUUAUGGGGUAUUGAAUUUUUAGGGCAUUUCCAGUUGAGCUACAGCUUCCAAAACUGGUACAGACAUCUGAAAAUGGUCCAUUUCUCUCUCAAAGCAGAGGUCUUGGUAUGCUCCCCCAAAAGGUUAAGCAGUUCAUCCAGGUCACUCAGAACCCUGAAACAUGCAGUUUGCUGCACUGAUUACUAGAAUAUUUUUGAAUCUCAUGCCCCACAUUUUUCCUGAGAUACUUAACUCAUAGUAGAGGCCAGCAUUUUGAAGGCAAGCAGCAUCGAGAGUGCCAAUAAAAUAUUGGAGGGGGCACGUUAGCCCUGCCCUGCAAAAUCGACCACAAGGUGUGGCACACAAACACACCAUUUGAGUGGUAAUGCCCGUCAACCAGCCAACUUGGGUGGGGUGGCAAAGGGACCUCGGCCUGUAGGAGUUGGCUCCUAUGUGUGGGAUAGAACAUUAAGGCUGAGCCUUCAGUUGCAUCUUCAUGCACUUGGGCUGAAACAGUUGCAACCAGGUACAUCUUAUGCUUUCAGAACACAAGCAUCGUAAAAGUAUGUCUCAAUUCUAUCUACAGGUUUCAAGACUGUCUUGCUGGCCCUUGUUCAGAGACUGUGUGGCCUAUGCAGUUAGCGCAGCAGCAGUUCUUGCAAUGAUAAUAGACAACAAAGUUUACUGGUAAGUGCCCACGAACGGGCAAUAGUCAGCCACACAACCAGAGUUUCAGUUCUCUUUUUUUAGUGGAUUCCCCGCAUCAGCAGGAGGAUGGGACCUUUGAGUUCCCUUUGAAACAUGUGCUUCUCUGUUGCUUCAAAAAAUUGCAUGCAGUUAGCCUAUGUGGAAUUGUAGUUAGUUGGACAGCAGGCACAGGUGCCAAUAACUGGCUAUUAAAUGCCUUGCAAGCCAUUUAGACAGCGUACUUUUGCUUCCAGAGGGUGUUAGCAACAGCACUAUUUGGGUUGAUCUGUUGAUCAAUCAGUUGGAGCAAGAGUCAAGGAUGCACCUUUUAGAGAGAUGCCUCUGGUACGGUAAUAUUAAAAUGUUUUAUUAAGGUUUUGUUCUCGUAAGCCAUGUGGGGUGGGCAGUCCUAGCUCACACACGAAUAUUUUAUCUGUAUGCACAAGGUUUGGGAUUCCAUUCUUGGCAUGGUAACCGUGUUUAAUCAGCACCGCCUUUAGUUUAGCAAGUACAAGAAAUAACACUGUAAAUGGCCUCAAGUACUUCAAUUUUCCUACCAGCAGGAAAUGAUAAGAACCAGUGUUAAAGUAUUGGUAGAAAGACAGGCCUCGUUCCAUGAGAUAUGGGGACUUGUUCAUGUGACAAUGGUUGCAUACAUCUCAAGCUGUAAGAGCUGAUUAAUUCAUGAAGCUUUAGGCUGCUUGUUAUAGUGACAAUUUGAAUAAGCCUCAGAUACACUAUACAGAGGGACGCAGUUGUCAAACCUAGAACCAUUUUUGUGCAAAAGUAUGUGCCACUCAAAGGGACGCGGGUGGCGCUGUGGGUUAAACCACAGAGCCUAGGACUUGCUGAUCAGAAGGUCGGCGGUUCAAAUCCCCGUAACGGGGUGAGCUCUCGUUGCUCGGUCCCUGCUCCUGCCCACCUAGCAGUUUGAAAGCAUGUAAAAAUGCAAGCAGGUAAAUAGGUAAAUGGCCACAUGACCCAGAAGCUGCACACCGGCUCCCUCGGCCAAUAAAGUGAGAUGAGCGCCGCAACCCCAGAGUCGGUCACGACUGGACCUAAUGGUCAGGGGUCCUUUUACCUUUACUUUACACUAUACAGAAACCUGAUUAUAUUUCUCCUCUUAAUGUGAAAUGUGGCUAGUUCUUAAAGGUAAAGGUAAAGGGACUCCUGACCAUUAGGUCCAGUCGUGACCGACUCUGGGGUUGCGGCGCUCAUCUCACUUUGUUGGCCGAGGAAGCCGGCGUUUGUCCACAGACAGCUUCCAGGUCAUGUGGCCAGCAUGACUAAGCCGCUUCUGGCAAAGCAGAGCAGCGCACGGAAACACAGUUUACCUUACCGCCGGAUUGGUACCUAUUUAUCUACUUGCCCUUUUGAUGUGCUUUCAAACUGCUAGGUGGGCAGGAGCAGGGACCGAGCAACGGGAGCUCACCCCGUCGCGGGGAUUCAAACCGCCGACCUUCUGAUCGGCAAGUCCUAGGCUCUGUGGUUUAACCCACAGCGCCACCCGCGUCCCUUUGAGUGGCACAUACUUUUGCACAAAAAUGGUUCUAGGUUUGACAACUGGCAUCUGCAGGAAAAGCUGAGGAAGUUCCCUUUCUGAAGUCCCCUGGAGAGCUGCUGCCAGUCAAAGUAGACAGUGCUGAACUAGAUGGACCAACCAUCUGACACAUUAAAGAGCAGAUUCUUAUGUACUCUCUUGCUUUGCAAAUCCAAUCUUCCCCUCUUGGGGAAAAACACCACUGAAACUGUUAAUUCAUCACUUUGGAAUAACCAUGCAUACUCAAACAUGAAUUAUUUUUAAUUAAGGUUGUUCUGUAACCAGACAUGAAGCGUAUUGAACACAAAAACACACUAUGAAACUUGCAAUUUUAUUUAUUUAUUAAUACUUACUUUGUUCUAGGUAUGAAUCUGCUUCUCUCCUCUUAAUAUACGGAGUCUACAUUUUGGUGCUCUGCUUUGACAUUAAAAUCAAUCAGUACAUCAUGAAGAAGUUUAGUCGUUGCUGUACCUGUUUCACAGUGACUGCAGAAGAGACUGAACAGCAACCACUGAUGGGCUGGAAGGAAGAGUCAGGGCCUCUUCUUCGUCGGCAGUCAAGAGCAGACAGCGGAAUUUUCCAUGAUGAGUCAGAUUACGCUCAACUUUCAUCAAGUUUACAUGGGCCUGAUACUAUUUCUGAAGGUAUUCCUGCAAUCUUUGCCAACAGCUAUUUUAGAAAGGGCUGGCGCUAGUGCAAAUGGCUUCAGAAAUUCUAGUGAGAAAAUAAAUCAUUAGCCGCUCUGGUCACUCUCAAGUUUUCCUGAAAAUACCGAAAGUAAGGCUGUGCCACAUGAACGUAACUUACAACUCUGGCGGCUGAAAUGCUUUAAAUUAUAUAAUGGCUCAGGUGCUUAAACAAGACUAUCUUGAACAGGGUCAUAUUCCUCUGGCAACACACGUACACAGCAAUCAAUGAUCCUUGGUUGCCUGCCAUCUAAAUUUUGCUUCCUGUUAUACUCAGUCUUGUUAGUUUUAAUUAAACUUUAAGAGCCCUCAACCUGUGCAGUGGUACCUCUGGAUGCGAACGAGGUCUGUUCUGGAGCCCCGUUCGCAUCCUGAAGCGAAUGCAACCCGCAACUGCAUGUGCGCGGGUCACGACUCGCCGCUUCCGCACAUGCGUGACAUCAUUUUGAGCAUCUGCGCAUGCGCGAGCGGCGAAACUCGGAAGUAACGCGCUCCGUUACUUCCGGGUCGCCAUAGAGCAUAACCUGAAAACGCUCAACCUGAAGCACAUUUAACCCGAGGUAUGACUGUACAGCAUAAACCUGCAUUGCAGGGGUUGGACUAGAUGACCCUUAAGGUCCCUUCCAACUCUACAAUUCUGUAAUUCUGUACAUUGUCAGAAAAUGACUGGGGAUUUGUGUAGUUAUUCGUGGCACUUUACCAUGUAAUGAUUACGGAAGAAAGUUUUUUGGAGGACAGCGAGUAAUAUGUAAUGUAGGUCUAUCCAAAUGGCUAAAUAAGACAGAAGUUCCUAUCAGGAAAAUUAUGGAGCUCUCAAGUCUAUAAAGACCAAGAUCUCAUUUCUUAAAUGGUUUGCCACCUUGACAGAUUCUCAAAGUGUGUUCACCAUGCCUGAAGCAGAUCUGAAGAGAGUUCUGUGGGUGCUGUCCCUUCCAGUUAUUGCUCUGCUCUAUUUGACGACACCUGACUGCAGAAGACAGUUUUGGAAGAACUGGUUCAUGCUUACAUUCUUCAUGUCAGCAGUGUGGAUUUCGGCAUUUACAUACGUUCUUGUAUGGAUGGUAACAAUAGUGGGUAUGUAUUGAAUCCAGCAAGGGACGCGGGUGGCGCUGUGGGUAAAACCUCAGCGCCUAGGACUUGCCGAUUGUAUGGUCGGUGGUUCGAAUCCCCGCGGCGGGGUGAGCUCCCGUCGUUCGGUCCCAGCUCCUGCCCACCUAGCAGUUCAAAAGCACUCUUAAGUGCAAGUAGAUAAAUAGGUACCGCUUUACAGCGGGAAGGUAAACGGCGUUUCCGUGUGCUGCACUGGUGCAGGCUCGCCAGGGCAGCUUCGUCACGCUGGCCACGUGACCCGGAAGUGUUGAUGUACAACUAUGAAUUUACUACAGUUAAACCACGGGCUUAGCCAGCUUGAAUCAGCAGUGUUUUAGGAAAUAAAAGCUAAGCCUAGCAUUCUUUUUAUUAUUAAAAACAUAGAUUAUAAGUCCAACUACCUAAAAAAAAUCAAGAGUGCACAGCCAACUAAUGUAGCUAAGCUGCACAAAAAAAUAGAAUAUUUCUGGCAGUUAACCUUAGGACACUAUUCAUCCUUCUAGCCCAGUACUGUCUCCUCUGGCAGCAGCUCUUAAAGAGCUUCCACAUCACCUGCUACCCAGUCCCUUAAACUGAAGAUAUGCCAGGGAUUGAAUCUCAGAACUGCUAGAUGGAAAGCAUCUGGGUCUUCCACUGAAACUAUAGCCAGCCCCCCAGAUGAUCAGAUUAACCUGCUUUAAUAUACCAAAAUGGAGUCUUCCCAGGAAUGAGGUAAAAAAAAACCCACCAGCAGCAUUAUACUAAACCUUUCCUAUAUUCUGUCUGCCACUGUUCCAUUGAUAUAGUGGGGGAAAAACACAUGGGAGUCAUGUGUUGGGCAGUACACCUAGAUUCAUCCUCGAAUUGUGCAGCAGAUUACAAUGUUGUAAUUCAUUUUCAGGCAUUGGCAAUGACGUUAAACUAGAGCCAACAAUAAUAGCUUACAAAUUUGGAUUCCAAACUAUUACAGUGCCCUUUCAUCCAUUUCAGGAACUAAAGGCUUGAAGUUACUUUCCCAGCUGAACUUUCACAGCAAUGCCAUUUGGAAGUUUUUGAGUCAAGAUUAUCAGCAGACUUAAUUUCCUCCCCCGCCCCCAGCCUGGAAUUCAUGUGUUUCUUUCAAGAGCAGAUGAUUAAGAAGGGUUAGUGGUUCAUAUGACUUCAAGAGCUCAUGUGAUAAAGAUGCCAAAGGAAAAGAAGGGAUUAUACCAGUUGUAACAACUCCAAGAGACCUGCAAUUAGAAUAGUAAGCUGUUCCAUAUUUGAAGGGAAACUUGACGCAGGCAUGUUGAUUAGUAGCAAUAUUUUCAGAACUAGAAAUCUCCUAAUGGUGACUUUUAAAUGACAGAAUAGCAUAGCUUCUUUCAGCGUAUACCACCAAACUGUAGUAUGUUAAAUCUGUUCAUACUGAUCUAGAAACGUGGUAGCUGAAACACUAGUAAGACCCCCCACACACACACACAAUUCCAUUCUUUGUCCAUUAACAGAAAGCUAAAGCGUUCCUUCCUUUUGAAUUUGCUUGCUACAGGGGAAACUUUGCACAUUCCAGAUACUGUAAUGGGUCUUACAUUACUAGCAGCAGGAACAAGCAUACCAGAUACAGUUGCAAGUGUACUGGUGGCUAGGAAAGGUGAGUGGUUUUUCAUACCCAUAGCAUUAUGAAGCAAUUUGCAGCAAGUGGAAAGGGGGGCGGUUCCCUUUGUUUAUAAUAUGCUGACAGAAUGCACUAACACUAUACUGGCAUGAAGAACUGGCAAACUUUUAGCACACAAAAUGGGAAUGAAUUGUUACUUUUAUAAGUAGUACCAGGGUGUCUAAGGUCAAAGGAGAACUACGGGGAGCUUGAAUGGCUCCAGCAAAACAAAUUCUUAGCAGCCAACCUGAAAUAGUUCAGGCAUAUUAAAGCUAGCAAUUUCUGCAAUCAUGGUAUGGUAUAAAAUGAGGUAUAAUGCAGCAAAGAGCUUCCUUAAGAUUGAUACACAUAAAUGUGUUUUAUCUUGCAGGAAGAGGCGAUAUGGCGAUGUCGAACAUUGUAGGAUCCAAUGUAUUUGAUUUGUUGUGUUUGGGAUUGCCGUGGUUUAUAAGGACAGCCUUUGUAGACACGUCAGCUCCUGCAGAAGUGAACAGCAGUGGUUUGACUUACACUGCCAUUUCUCUUGUUUGUUCCAUUGCUUUUAUUUUUCUGGCUGUUCACUUGAAUGGCUGGAAGCUAGACAAAAAAUUGGGGGCAGUCUGUCUAGUGAUGUACUUGGCAUUUGUAAUAUUAUCAAUCCUGUAUGAACUUGGAGCCAUAGGAAACAAUCCUAUCAGUAUCUGUGGAGACUAG